AUGUCCACGCCAAGAAGUAAACUUACAAAACUGUUCCGAAACGAGAGUUCCUACGAGGCGGAUGAAGUUAAUCUGCUUCUGGAUGGUCUCAACGAGAUGGAGAUCACGAGGUGAGUGAGGAAGGCGUUGAUAUUCGAAGAUUUUUGUCGAAAAUCCAAAAAUUCCGUCAGUUUUUUCAAAAAAUCGAGAAUUUACAGAAAAAAUACUAUUUCUUGACCUUUUCAAGCGAUAGUAUUGUUUAUAAUGCUCACAUUAGGUUAAAAUUUUGUAAAAUUACUUGUGCUACACAAUUUAAUAAAUCUUAUUUAUGACGUUUUUUAUGAAAAUUUUUAAAAUUAUUAUUUUUUCAGCAAAUUCCUGGCCAAAGCUGCUGAGUCCGAGAAAAGAGGCAUCGAUGCCAUAGCUAGUUGGGCCAAAAGAUCACGGAAUUCAGCUAUCGACGAUGUAAUGCAACAUACCGCACAGUUAUUCCAUCUAUUUACCGAGAAACAAAAACAAUUCGUUCGAGAUCAUGACCAUUUUGUUCAGGUAACUAACUUUUUAUACUUUUAAUGUUGGUUUACUUUUUCAAAUGUCAUAUAAGUGUUUCUACUUUUUUAAAUUAUUACCUAAAAUUAACUUUUUCAAUUGUUUAUUACCUGAAAAAUUCUUCAUCAAACUCUGUUACCUAUAGACGAUUUGAUGUUUCAGCAGCUCAAGAAGAUCUCUGAGAUCGAGUACCGUGUUCGAGAGUACGAGAAGAACGUGCACAAAAGGGAAACCCGAGUUUUGUCAAUAAGGAAACAGAUCACAAGAUCGUCCUACUUCUGGAAGAAGAGUACCACUGAAAUGGCAGCACUACGAAGGGUCGAGGACGAAGCUACAUUGGAGUUGGAGAAAGCAAGGAGAAGAUUGAUAAGUGCCCAGCAAGAGGCUGAAGUCGUGAAGAUGUUUCUGUUCCGUCAAGGAAUGAUGGGCCUUGCUGACAGCUACAGAAUCCUCAACGAACAUUCGAGAACCAUAUUCAACUGUCAUCGCGAGAUCACCGAGAUGGUACCUGCUCUGACGGUCAACAACAUCAACAACCUAACAUACGAUGGAGUGCCAUUCACGAGAGAACGAUUGAAUGAAGUCAGGAGGGCGUUGACGACGGAAGACAUCAGAAUCCAGUACAAUCCGCCUGGAAUGGGCAGGCCGACUAGGCCUUUGAGUCACUAUCAGCCAGGUACACCCCCACCGCCGUACUCUGCCGUAUCUCGUGCUCCACAGUUUCCGGUAAGUAUUUCUAAUUGAAGAUGAUUUGUGGCUUAAGAAGGUUUUGAGAACCUUUCAAAGGAUUUGCAAAGGUCCUAGUUAUGUAUAAACUUGUAGUAAAGGCACUUAAUUUUAAGCAACUGCCAUCUUGGCCUAAUUUUUGACUUAAAUCAUAUAUGUUACUCAUGCCAUUUCAGGUAUCCAGCUUCAGCGAUUCCCAGAUCCGUGGAAUAAGCGAAGGCCUGACCACCCCCUUGAAUGUUGCCCCUAUCCGUGUGGCCACCGCUCCCCUGCCCACGCCCUUGUCUGCCUCUCAUUGCUCAAAUCGACAACGAAUCUACCCCGAUCUUACUCAGGAACUGAGGAAUCUCUGA